CCGACCCGCGUGUAACUGCAAAACGUCAAUAAUAUCUCAUGAAAACUCCAUGGAAAGCCAGGAAAAAAUGGUUCUUAUUCUUGAAGAGAUCCAGCAUCAGUGUGCGCUGUUAUGCACCUGUCACUCACAGCCAGCUCUUCCGAAGUUAUAGGACGCUUUUAUAUUAUCUUGAGGUCACUGGGUCUCUAGGUCAGGUUGAAUCUACCAAUCUAGAUUUUAAAUCGUAGAAUUCAUGUAAUGCAAUUCCUUCGUAGGAGUCACCCAGCCUACUCAGCCAAAGGACCGUAAAGAAAGAACCUCAAUAGCAGUAGUGAGAAUUCCAUAAUAUCGAGUAAACAAUUUUUCUCCAAGGUCCGGUGGUGAUGAGUCAGCCGAUCGGAUUUGGACGUUUGAAUCCCGGCCCGAAUCUUCCCUGAAAUCCGUCCGUCGUUCAUUUGACCAGGAAAAAUGAUACCUAUGGCGCUCAUGGACCUGCCCUUCUCUGCAACCAUCACUGAUACAUGACCGAGGACAGGCUGAUUGCAUAGUAAUCCCCAACAUGGAAUCCCGUCGGACAGAGUCGAGGAAACUCCGAAAGACAACGCCCGCCCCCUACGGCCAAGCAUGCAUCAAUUGCGCUCGGGCUAAAUGCAAAUGCCUGCUCUUGGCCGCUGAGGAUCGGUGUGAACGAUGCGAUCGUCUGGACAAGGAAUGCCGACCGUCAUUAUCGGUUCGAAGGAGCAGAAAGGGUGCCGCAAGUACGAGGAUUGCACGGGUGGAGUCUCGACUUGAUAGUCUUCUGUCCACCCUACAACGCCCUGAUAAAUCGCUUCCGUCUCCCUCCGACUCGGAAAGAGUGUGGCAGAGUGAGAGAUCGUCAGAAGGGCACGCGGAGCACCCCCCCAGCGCUCCCAGUCAAUACGAUAUUCAAACAAGGACUCAAGUCUUUGCGCUGCCUGCAUCAGAUGUUCCAAGCCCCUCGGCUUACAGCCAGUCCGAUGAGGCAACGAGAUUUCUCAAGCAGUUCCGGACCGAAAACCUGAAGUAUCUUCCCUGCAUCUACAUACCGCUCCAUGUCACCCCGCAAGAACUGAUGCGAGAGAAGCCAUUCUUCUGGUAUUGCCUGACCGCAGUCCUGACACCAAACCUGAUCAAAAGGGAAUCCCUGUUUACCAAAGUGCAUGACACGAUUUACCAGAAGCUGGUUGUGGAAACGACCCCGAGCAUGGACCUUCUUCUCGGCCUCAUGACAUUUAUGUCAUGGUAAGUGACUGAAG